AUGGCGCCCUCAAGACCCGAAACAAAAAAGACGAAUCCUGACAUCGCAAAACUCAUUGUUGAUGCGCAGACUCAGCUUGAGGUGGGAAGACUAGAGGAGGCUGCUACACUUGCCCAGCAGGCUCUCGACGCCACCGGCCAAGGUGGUGACUUUGAGCUCAGCGCUGCCAACCUUUUGGGUACUAUCUUUAUCGAGUCUGGUGACAUUGACGAGGCCCGGGCUGCUUUUGAGCGUGCGGUUCACCUCGACCAAGACGGAACCGUGGACGAGAAAAUUGGUGGUGGCCCUGAGAAGUUCCUCCUUCUCGCCCAGCUCAGUGAGGAGGGUGGUCUUGACACCGUUCAAUGGUAUGAGCGUGGUGCGACGGCGCUCCGAAAGCAGAUUGCAGUACUGAGCGAGAUUCGAUCACCCACCCCUCAACAAAAAACAUCCCUUCAGGAGAAGCAACACAAGCUGGCCGGAGUCCUCUGCGCUGUUGCCGAGGUGUAUAUGACCGACUUGUCGUGGGAGCCCGAUGCCGAAUCACGCUGCGAGACUCUUAUUACCGAGGCUAUGCUCCUCGCACCCGCGGCUCCUGAGACCUGGCAAACAGUUGCAAACGUUCGAAUUUCACAGAGCCGUGCCAACGAGGCCCAGACCGCUCUGCGCAGGAGUCUUGAGUUGUGGCAGAACCUUCCCCCCAACCACCCUGAUGUUCCCGAGUUUCCCACCAGAAUUGCUCUCGCCCGCUUGCUGAUGGAGACCGAACUGGAGGAUGAGGCCUUGGGUGUGCUGGAGCGUCUUGUCACAGAUGAUGACACUAGUGUUGAGGCUUGGUAUCUUGGCGGCUGGUGUCUUUACAUCACCGGUGAGAAGCAGAAGACCACUGCCUCCAAGCCAUGGAAUGAAGUUACCAAGGACAACGAGGAGUGGAAGGGGCUGUGGAAGUCAUCGAGACAGUGGCUUUCUCAGUGCUUGAAGUUGUUCGAUAUGCAAGAGUACGAAGACGAGCGACUCGGAGAGCACGCCAAGGAAUUGUUGUCAUGUAUCAACAAGGAGAUCGGUGAGCCAGCUGAUGGCGAGUUGGAUGACUGGGAAGACCCCAGCGACGGCGAGAACGAUGAUGAUGCCGAGAUGCAGGGUUGA